CCACCAUCUACCUGUUCCACGUCACCUGUAGUCCACAUCAAUACGGAUAAAGCCUUUAAGAGUUGAUGUUGGAAAUCGUCAUGAUUUUCAAGACAGGAAACACAACCUGCCUCUGGAAGAGAGAUUUUGUUCUUCUCAUAUUUACUGUGGUCAUGGUCAUACUCCUCUACAGCAUGGUCACAGAAGAAACAACUACAGCGAGGAGUCCAGUCCCAAAGCUACAAGAAAAAACAGACAUUUACCCAGUGACAAUCUCUGAGGAGAGCAUCACUCCAAUCAAAAACACCAAACACCUCCUGGUGUCAGCUUUCAUUGACCGGAGAGUGAAUGGUUUUGACAUACGUAUCAUUGGCAUAUUCAAAAGAGACUCCAUCCAACCUCUUCACUGCUCUUUCUACUGUGGUGGUGUAUUUAACCAAACCACUCCUGCCCAAAUUCUCCCACACAGUGACAACUUUGGUUAUCCUUACACUGCUACAGAUGUCCUGUGUCCGCUUCCCAAAAACUGUGAUGCUUCUCAUGUGACUCUUCUGACUAAGCCUUCCGAAAACAUGUCUGAACACACAUUUAUUCCUGUAAGAAACAAAAACGAGAAAACAAGGUUCAACUUCACCGUCUGCGUCUCCAACCUGUUUGGAGAUUACAACAAUGUGCUUCAGUUUGCACAGACUCUGGAAAUGUACAAGUUGCUUGGUGUAGACAGAGUGGUGAUCUAUAACACCAGCUGUGGUCCAGACCUGGAACGCCUUUUACAACGUUACAGCCAGGAGGGUUUUGUUGAAAUGGUUCCAUGGCCCAUAGACAAAUUCCUGAAAUUGACCAGGGGGUGGAGAUUUACAGUAAAUGGAGGAGACCUGCAAUACUACGGACAGCUCGUCACCCUUAAUGAAUGCAUGUAUCGGUCCAUGGAGCGUUCACGCUACGUCCUGUUGAAUGAUAUAGAUGAGAUUAUAAUGCCAUAUAAACAUGACGACCUGGUCUCUCUGAUGAACACGCUGGAACCACAACAUCCAAAUGUUGGAGAGUUCCUUAUUGAGAACCACAUCUUUCCGUAUAAACACUUUGAACCAAGUGGGAGAUUUCAUCUUCCCCAGUGGGAGAAAGUUCCAGGAAUUAACAUUCUGGAGCACAUCUACAGAGAAGACCCUGACAGAAGUGUAUACCAUCCACACAAGAUGAUCGUUAGGCCAAAGUUGAUAGAGCAGACCUCAGUGCAUGAAGUCCUCAGGAAGUUUGGAGAACGUUACAAAGUUCCACUCGACGUCUGUCGCAUUAUUCAUGUUCGUGUAGCCCUGCGUGGACAUUUGAAGUUGGAGGAACUUAAUGAAGACAAACGACUUUGGGACUUCCAGGAAAAAUUGAUUCCUAAUGUGGACAAGGCGCUGAAGAGAGCAGAACUGAUUCCAGAACAAAACAAACUUUAAAGAACAUAGUUAUUCAAUGAUGUACCAGAUAAAGUGCUCAUAUUUGUUUUAAUUUAAAUUCACUCUAAAAUUAAAUUCUUCAUUUUUCUAUUUACAUUCAGGACAAUAAACCCCUCUAUAAUUUGUACCGUUAAUUGUCUUGGCAGCUUUAUGAAGUAUUUUUGGUGCUUUGAAGGCUAACUUAUUGGCAUUUGGAUUUCUUUCUUUUUUAUGUUAUGCCAUGUCUGGACCACAAGGUGCAUGAAACAUUUAAAUAUGUUCUCUGUUUAGAGAUUAUCCAAUUAUUUAUAAUAAAAUGUUCUUAUAGAGCAAAUUAAAUGUAGAACCUAAAAGCUAAAAUCCAAUCAAUUUCACUAUCAGGUUGGUGGAGUAGACCUGAGACCUGGAACAACUGAGACAAAAAUAUAACUGAUUGCCAACAUAAACAAGACCCUGAAUCUUGCCAACAAUAACAAAAAAAACAUUUGAAAACAUUUGGAGGUUUUUCUCUUUGUGUGCUUUGCUAAAAAUUUUGUUGGAUUUAUUCUAUUUUCUAAAUAGAAGAAGCUUAAAGCGAUGUAGAGUCAAUAAAAGCUUUUUUAGUCUUGUAGGUGGAAGGAUAAAAUGGUAAAUGUUUUGCAUGCGAAGGAAAGGGAAAAUGGUUGAAAAUGUUUAGUCAUGUCAUGCCAGGAGGUUUUUUAUGUUGUAAAAAAAAGUUGACAUGAGUACCAAAGAUUGUAUAAUUUAUUUAGAUGGCUCAAUAAAUGUAUCUCUUUGAGCAUGUUAAAGCUAACAGAGUGUUUUUUUAACCUUAAAUUGAUGGUGGAACAGUUCAAAGUCACGUUUCGGCUUUGUGCCUUUUUUUCUCUUGUUUAUGGUUCAUUGGUCAUCGUUUAUGGUCCUGUAUUAUUCUAAUGAACAAUUAGAUACAAACAUUAAAAGUGGUGUUGUGUUUGCUUUCAGUGUUUUGGUUUAAUGCAAACAAAGCAUUCGCUUUUGGGAAAAAGAAAUGCAAGAAAGUCAUAAAUGCAUCCGGGUGAUUCAUGCAGCAGUUACUCUGCAUAGCCUUAAUGUGCCUGAAGGCUAAUGUUUGAGGACUUAAAAACAUCUUAUGACUGUUACAGAUUUUCUUUUAGUUAGUGCCCACAUAAGUCAGCAGCCUGUAGAUCCACCCUUUCCAGAGACAUCCUGAUUAGUAUCUUGAACAACGAUUCAGUUCACUGGAUUUAAGAGCGUUUCCCGCUAACAUCUCACAUCUCUAACAUCUAACAACAAACACAUUCUUCCUCUUUUAUUAAGGUCUAGACCAGGGUUCCCCAAACUUUUUCUUGUGAGGACCAAAUUACUGUUUUCUUCUCUGAUGGGGGGCCGGGGUUGGUUUGAAGGCUCUCAGAAAAAGUGCAGCAAUCACAGCCUAAACAUAAACAUAUAUGGCUUUUCCAGAAAGCCACACAUAGCCACAUUUUAAAUAAUUCAUUUCUG